GUUACAAAUUUUCAGGCAAUAAUGGCGACAGAAGAUGUGGAGAUGGAAGACGCUUCUGUUGACCAGACACCAUUUCCAACCGUUCACAUUUUGCAGAUGGUGAAGGAUGCUCAGCAGCAACAUGGGUUGCGACAUGGCGACUACAACCGAUACAGGGCUUACUGUCGUUCAAAGCUGAAUCGCGUUCGACAUGCUCUGAAGUUCACCAACACACACAAAUGCGUGAGAAGACAUAAGGCGAAGUUCAUUAAGAAACCUAUGAAUGAAUUGGACUUUUCCGAUGAGAGGUUUAUCCAACUUGGUCUUUUUGAAGCGGAACGUCGGUGGGCAUCAGCUAUGUCCGAUAAAAUGGAAAUGGAAGACAAUCCGGACAAGAUGCGUAAACGAAUGUCUAUGCGCAUGCAUCUAAAGCGUGCUGUUUUCCAUGCAGCUGCUCUUGAACAACUCGUACGAAAUUCCUCUCGGUGCGAUGCUCCAACUAAGCUUGAAGCCCAAGCAUACACUGCCUGGCUGGCCGGCGUAUGUGCUUUCGAGAUGCGCAGAUGGCCCGAAGCCUGUGAGCUGCUCAAAAAUGCGAGGAAGGUAUAUGAGCGAUUAGCAGAGGCUACACAUAAUACUACACUCGCGAAUCUGUACAAAGCAAGGUGUCGCGAGAUCCAACCGCAGAUUCGACUCUGCGAAUUCAGUUGCGCUGAGGCAACUGGCAAACCUGUGGAUGGUAUGAUGAAUGAGUUGAUGGAAAUACGUGCUCAAGGCACUGAUAGUGAAGCUGUGGAUCGUCUUAUCGCUGAGAUGAGAUCGAAAGCGACAUGCGAUGAUGCAGUCAUUAUCAAUUGGGGUGGAUUCAAAUCAACUGUUGAAGACGACAAAGCGCGUCAAGUAGUGCAAGGUUGGCAACAGGUCCAGAAUGAACUGGCACAAUGCCAGACACCGAAAGAGAAGAUGGCUCUUUAUGAGAAGCAGCUGACCGAUACAAGAGAUGCUCUUGAGCGAAUUUCAGAUUUGAUUCGCAGAAAAACAUCGGAUAACGCCGACUCUACAGUUCUGCAAUCAAUCAAGUCCUAUCUGGAAUUUUUGAAAAUGCUUGGGACUGCUUCGCGUUAUUUAGCGAUGAUUGAAAAUGCUAAAUCUGAAAAGAAAUCGAAGCCUCAAGAUUUUUUGCGUUUGUACGAUUCUGUGAUUGAGGUGUACCGAGAGCUCCUCCAGUUGCCCGGAAUAGAACAUGACAAAAAUCUGACCGAAGCUGUUUCAGCGAAAAUCGAGUACUAUAGAGCAUUCAGGUGUCAUCACAUGGCAGCUGCGUAUGCUGCGUUGUCAAGAUUCGGAGAAGCCGCCGCUUUGUUUGAAAGAGCUUUGAAACGCACUGAGGACGCAAAGAGAAUGAUUUCGAAACUCAGGGGUAACACCUAUGUACAGGAAGAGUCAGAAGAGGCUCUCAAUAAUCUUGCGAGUGAAAUUGAGCACGCUCGAAUAGCGGCAAAGGCCAAGCGUUUGGCGUCAGCAGCCGGAGUUGCUGAUGAAACGGACGAAAAAACGGCCCGCAUUAUCGACGAUAGGCCUUUGGUUGACACGCUUGCUGAGUGGAGGCAAUGGGAUGUGGCCGAUGCUCUGAAGGAGAAGCGAAACAUCCCGAUAGCAGAAAUGCCACCUCCAUUUAUUCUCAUGCCAAACAAGCCGCUAUUCUUUGAUCUAGCCCUGAAUCAUAUUAAGAUGCCUGACCUUGAGGAACGGCUCGCUAAAUGUAUCGAAGGUACGAAGGCAACUCCUGUAUCCAAGAAAGCUGCCGAAGCCGCGAAAGCCAAAGGAGCUGGUGAAGAACAACAAAGCGGUCUUUCAGGAAUGGUCAAGGGUUGGAUUUGGGGGAAGAAAUAG